GCUCUCGCUGCCAGAGCUAGCCCCGUCUCCCGGACGUUGAGCUGUUCGUUCCCAGAGCGAGGCUGCGUCUGACACCGGCGCCGGAACCCGGAAAUGGGGGGCGGUGGCUCUCUGUGCGAGCGCGGCGGCGGAGGCUAGUGGCUGACAGGCAGCGGCGGGGGAGCGCCCGACCCGGGGCAGAUCAUGAAAAUAUUCUGAUCAAUGUGUUUAAAAAAAAUUCAGAAUUGCAUUAAGGCUUCACCAUAAAUCUUUUUGGUUGCUUAUGAAGUUUCUGAUAUUAAAGCUGCACUAUUGAAAUGAAGAAAAGGAGAAAGUUCCCUGGAAAUGUAAAUGAGAAGAUACAUCUUGGACAUGAGAAGAAUAUUUCUGAUGGGGUUCUUAUAGUAGAUUCUGACCAAAAAACUGUCUCCAGAUCUGCAGAAGUAGCUACUGCAGACCAACUCAAGUGUUCCCAAGAACUUCCUCCAUCACCAGAACAAAGAAAACUCUUAAGUUCACUGCAGUAUAAUAAAAAUCUACUUAAAUAUUUAAAUGAUGAUAGACAGAAACAACCAUCUUUUUGUGACUUACUUAUAAUAGUAGAAGGAAAAGAAUUUAGCGCACACAAAGUUGUUGUAGCUGUUGGUAGUAGUUAUUUUCAUGCUUGUUUGAGCAAAAACCCAAGCACAGAUGUUGUCACACUGGAUCAUGUAACUCAUUCUGUUUUUCAACAUUUGCUUGAGUUUUUGUACACAUCUGAGUUUUUUGUAUAUAAAAAUGAAAUCCCUUUAGUGUUGGAAGCAGCUAAAUUUUUAGACAUUAUAGAUGCAGUCAAACUGCUCAAUAAUGAAAAUAUUUCUGGCAUACAAUCUGAAGCGGUAACUGAAAACCCAAUACCAGCUGAAACUCUCAAUGAAUUGACUGGUAAACUAUCAAAUAGUCACCAGUGCACUUUUUGCAGUCGAAACUUCUGUUACAAGAAAUCCUUAGAAAACCACUUGGCUAAAGCUCACAGAUCCCUUCCACUGGAAAAGAAACAUGGUUUAAAAAUGGUUGAGAAAGCAGACUUUUCUACCAGAAGAUCUACAAGGAACCGUAAAUGCCCAGCUAAGUUUGAUAACAGUGAUAACGAAAGCAGUGAUGUGUCUGACAGCAACUUGGAUAAAGUCCAUUCUGAGAGAGACAUAUCAGUUAAAAAUGAAUGUGAAGAUAGUGGAAGUGACCACAAUGCAGAUGAAGAGGGUCGGGAAGAAGAAGAAGAAAUAUCAGAUGAAGAGUCUGAUGCUGAAGAGCGAAGUAAAAAAGAACAUAAUGAUACUGAAGUGAGUCCUGAGCCAGUUGAUUCAGUAGGAAAUAUUCCUGAAGGUUUAACUCCAAUAAUCAUUCAGAGUAGUAGCAAAAAACUAUUGCAGUGUCCCAAGUGUGACAAAACAUUUGAUCGAACAGGGAAGCUCGAGAUCCAUACCCGUGCGCACACAGGUGAGAAGCCCUUCGAGUGUGAUAUUUGUCAUCAGCGCUAUUCCACAAAAUCUAAUCUGACAGUUCACAGAAAGAAACACAAUAAUGAAACAGAAUUUCAUAAGAAGGAGCACAAAUGUCCAUAUUGUAAUAAACUGCAUGCAAGCAAAAAGACCCUAGCAAAACAUGCAAAGAGGUUUCAUCCAGAGAACAUACAAGAAUUUCUUUCCAUUAAAAAGACAAAGAGUGAAGGCUGGAAAUGUGAUAUUUGUAAGAAGUCUUUUGCUCGAAGACCCCAUUUGGAAGAACACAUGAUUCUUCACACUCAGGAUAAACCUUUCAAGUGUACCUAUUGUGAAGAGCACUUUAAAUCCCGGUUUGCAAGAUUGAAGCAUCAAGAAAAAUUCCAUCUUGGCCCUUUCCCAUGUGAUAUUUGUGGUCGUCAGUUCAAUGACACUAGAAACCUAAAACGCCAUAUAGAAUGUACUCAUGGAGGGAAGAGAAAAUGGGUGUGUUUUAUAUGUGGAAAAUCAGUCAGAGAAAGAACAACUUUGAAAGAACAUUUGAGAAUUCAUAGUGGGGAGAAACCUCAUCUUUGUAGCAUUUGUGGGCAGAGUUUUCGUCAUGGAAGUUCCUACAGACUUCAUCUACGAGUUCACCAUAAUGACAAAAGAUAUGAAUGUGAAGAAUGUGGGAAAACGUUUAUUCGGCAUGACCAUCUAACAAAACACAAAAAAAUACACUCAGGUGAAAAAGCACAUCAGUGUGAGGAGUGUGGAAAGUGUUUUGGCCGUAGAGACCACUUAACUGUCCAUUACAAAAGUGUUCAUCUAGGAGAGAAAGUGUGGCAAAAAUAUAAAGCAACAUUUCAUCAGUGUGAAGUCUGCAAGAAAGUUUUUAAAGGGAAAUCAAGUUUGGAAAUGCAUUUUAGGACACAUUCAGGUGAGAAACCAUACAAAUGUCAAAUUUGUAGCCAGUCUUUUAGAAUUAAGAAGACAUUAACAAAACACAUGGUUAUUCAUUCAGAUGCUCGACCUUUUAACUGCCAGCAUUGCAAUGCAACAUUUAAACGAAAAGACAAGUUGAAAUACCAUAUUGACCAUGUACAUGGAACAAAGGCUUCAGAAGAAACAGUAACCACUUCUGAAGAAAAAGUAAUUUCCUUGCCAGUACAGUACACCCCUGAUGACAAAGUUUUCCAGAUUGAGUCUAAACCAUACAUGGAUCAGCCCGAAGUUUACGAAACAGAAGUCAAACCUAUGCUACAGAAUGUACCAGCAGAAGUAUGUGUGCCAGUAACACUGGUACCAGUUCAGAUGCGGGAACCUCAAGCUGAUCUAGUACAACAUACCACUACACUCUCACCCCAGUCUCAUAGCAUUCUUCCCCCACAGGCACAGCAGCCAGAUUAUCAACGAACAACAGAUUUGGCAUUUCUGGAAAAAUAUACUCUCACUCCCCAGCCUGCAAAUAUAGUUCAUCCUGUCAGACCUGAGCAAUUGUUGGAUUCUAGAGACCAAUCUUACCUUGGAACUUUACUGGGGCUUGAUACAGCUCCAGCUGUACAGAAUAUGUCAAACAAUGAACAUUCAUGAUUGGACCCAUAACAUUCCACCAAACUUACUAAGCCAUUAGCCACCAGAAGACUGAUAUGGCUACUAAGUUGUUUUUUUUUUUUUUUUGUAGUUUAUUUGGACUUCUAGUAUUCUGAACAGUUUUGUUGAGUGCAAGGAAAGAAUAGAUUUGUUUGCAUAUAUGAACAUUAAGACACAUUUUGAUGUAUAUUUAUAGUUUCUUGUGGUUUUAAAUGCUUUUAAAAAUCUUAUAGGUCUUUUGAAAACAGGUUCUCAUGUCUUUUACGGAUACUAGCUGCAGCAAACUUUAAUCGCAUACCUGGCCAUUAAUAAAAAUAAUUGUUCACCUGUCUGCAUCUCACUUUCCAAAUAAACCUUUCUGUGGAUAAUGGAAAAUAUACUAGAAGGGUUAUGGCCAAUUCAUUAGGGUCAUGAUUGAAAAAGAACAUGAAACUAAACCUCUCAAUGAUCCCUCACCUUAAACUAAAAUUUAACUUUAUCCCAGACAAACCUGGUUACAUUUUUUUUUACUGUAAUUCACAUCUGAAUAGUGGAAUUAUGAAUCUGAGACUAUAAACAAUACUUGUGCUCUCUUAACCUUGGUUCAAUCUUCUAGAAUGUUUCCAACAUUUGGGCCUUGAAAGGUUUAGAGAUGUGGUGGUAAUACACUGAAACCCUCGGGCAGUAAUAAAAGAUUGGAAUAGUUCAUCCUUGUUCAUGAGCACAGAAUCAAACCAAGCUGAAGCCCUCACUGGUGUGGCCAUUUCUACUUUACUGCUGUGUAAAGUAAUUUGAAAAGGAAUUUGCUUAAGUUUAUUAAAAGAUUAAUGAAAUCAGCAAUUAUAAAUCUUCGGUUG